GCCUGUUGGAGUUUCGUUUAUUCUGAACUUUAGGUUUUGUUUUCCGUGGCUCGCAGCAGUGUUUGUGUCCGCUUUAAGUUUCGUUUCUGCGUCCCUUUAAAUCAUGUGUCGGUCCUCAUAGAGACACUGAGGCCGGCGUCAUGUUUACAUGGGGAGAGGACAGUCAGCGGGGCUUCAGGAUCAAAAAUGGCUCAAACAUCAGCGAGAGUCCAGCAGAGGACGGGGUCCAUCACCUCCAGCUGGGAUAUCACAUCACGGCUCUGUCUGCAGCUCACAGCCUGCUGGCUUUUAUCAAAAGGAAUGGAAACUCCUUCAUCAUCCGCACUAAUGAGAGUAAAGACGGCGGCAGAGUCCGAGGGAAACAAAAGUUUGUGAAGGAGUGUAAAGAGAAGAUCCAGGCUGUUAGCUGUGGUGAUGAUGUGGUCACACUGCUGUCUGAGAGAGGGAAAGUUCUCUGUGUGGACCCAACUCGUUCCUACAUUGCAAGGCCGCUGGAAGCUUUGUCUCAGAUAGCAGUUUGUCAGGUUGCUUGUGGGAGCCAGCAUUCAGUCGCCCUGACCAAAGAUGGUCAGGUGUAUACGUGGGGCCAGGACUCCAGGGGCCAGCUGGGUCUGGGGAAGAGGAAGCCUGGUACCAGUUCACCCCAACACCUCCGAUGUCUGUCAGCGAUCCCCCUGGUCCAGAUCGCUGCAGGAGGAGAGCAGAGCUUGGCCCUCUCUGUCUCUGGAGGUGUGUUCAGCUGGGGCAGGAACCACUGUGGACAGCUGGGCCUGGGACACAUGACAGACAGACAUACACCAACUCCUGUUCAUAACCUGAACAUGAAGAAAACCAUUCACAUUUCCUGUGGAAAGGACCACACUGCUGUUUUAACAAAGGAUGGAGCAGUGUUUACAUUUGGCUCUGGUCAGUAUGGACAGCUUGGCCACAACUCAUUCAGCAACGAGCCACGACCUCGGCUUGUUGCAGAGCUCUGGGGGGCAAAGGUCACCAGGAUUGCAUGUGGACGACAUCACACGCUGGUGAUGACAGACUCAAAGAGGCUCUACUCCUUUGGAUGUGGAGAGCAGGGCCAGCUGGGACAUGGAGAGGAGACUCAUCCCUCUGUGCCGCUACCUGUUCACCUGCCACAAGACACCACUGAUGAUCUGAACAUUAGAAACAUCUUCGCAGGAGGAAACUGUUCAUAUGCAACAUGCACGGCUAAUGAGGACAUUCAUGAGGAGGCUCACACCGACAGGGUCAACAAUGUCACACAGCAUUGUCUUGAUGAUGUGAUUGACAGAUGGACCUCAGAAUGUGAUCCAAAGUCAUGGAAAAAGAUUCAACAGGAAAUUCACAGGAUGUUUUCUUCUGCAUCCUGUUUGAAUGGCAGCUUCCUAAAGAAAAGCAAAGAUCAACAUUUCCAAACUUCACCAAAGUACUCUGGCUUGGACUUGUCACUAGCACGACACGCUUUCAAGAAACUGGUAAAGAAGGACCGUGUUUUUGCAGAGGUUGAGGCGGCUGUCCUGCACCUGCUUCCCUCUCUUGAGGAGCAGCCAGUGGGAGUGGAGGGCUUGAGGGUCUACCUGCUCCUCACUGAGCUCCUGCAUGUCAUCCAGAGACUCAAACGGCAGCAAAACAGCACAAAGCUUGCUGAGGCGGUUGCAGCUGCUGUACUAAACUUGUCAGCUGACAACCUGCAGAUCGUAGGAGACUGGUGGUCCUUAUUGUCACCUUCCACCAAGCUAAAACACAUCAAGGUGUGGAAGCAGGCCUUCUCAGUGAUCCUGUCCUCAGACCCUGUUCCUCGCAACCCUGGAGUCAGAAACCUGCUUCUAAUCCUCCAGUCCAUGUACAACGUCAACAGCAGGACUGCAGAACCUCGAAAGAUGCCAGAAAGCGUUUUUCAUUUGUCGAUUGACAAGGACUUCCUCCAAGAGGACCUGGAGCAUUGGCGUCAGUCACAGUCACAACGCAGGAAUGCACAUGCCGAGCCUCUUAUACUCUGUAGCUUUCCUGCUCUGAUGGAUCUGGAAUCAAAGAAAUCUGCAUUUGACCUGAAUGCUGAAUUCUCCAAGAGGGAAGCUUCUAGUCCUGUCCCCUCCUACUGGGAUCUUUUUUCUCCUACCCCGGAGCUUUGGCUGCACUUCAGACUGGCCCUGAGACGAGAAUCAGUGUUGGAAGACACCUUUAAACUACUGGCUGCUCAUCAGAGCAAUUACAAGCUUCCACUUUUGGUCGUUUUUGAUAGCAGCUAUAAAGAGGAUGAUAGACCACUCUACAUAAAGGACUUUUUUUAUGAUGUGUUCCACGAGUUGGUGUCAGCUGAAUCAGGGAUGUUCAUGUUCAACGACUCCAAAAGGCUGGCUUGGUUCCCCUCUAACGCAAAACAGGAGGAGCAGAAAUACUUCCUGUGUGGAGUUCUGUGUGGAUUGGCUUUGUACCACCAGCACAUCAUCCACUUCCCCUUCCCCUUGGCUCUGUUCAAGAAGCUGCUCGGUGUAAAGCCUUCACUACAGGACAUGAUAGAAUUCAGCCCAAGUGUGGGGAGGAGUCUGCUGAACAUCCUAAAAGACGAAGAUGAAGACACGGGUUUGGACUUUUCUAUCUUCUGGGAUGGGGCAGAGGUUGAACUUGAUCCUAAAAAUCCUGGAAAGCCAGUGACAGGUCAAAACAAGAAGGAGUUUGUGGACGCCUAUGUGCAUCAUGUCUUCAACGCGUCAGUGGAGGGUGUGUUUCAGGAGUUCAGGCGAGGCUUCUUCCAGGUGUGUGAGCGGGAUUUGGUGAAGCUGUUCAAGCCAGAGGAGCUGCAGCAGGUGCUGGUGGGCCAAGACUUCACUGACUGGGCAAAGCUGAAACAGAACACAGAUUAUGAGGGGGAGUACCAAACCAGCCCACCACACCCCACCAUACAGAUGUUCUGGGAGGUUUUUGAUGAACUAACGGAGGAUCAGAAGAAAGCUUUCCUUUGGUUCGUGACUGGUUUUGAUAGGGUGCCUAUAGUUGGCAUGGGAGACAUCAGGAUGAAAGUCAAAGUGAAAAAAGCCCAGGACCUCUCCUACGACCAGGACAAUCCUGAGACACACACGUGUUUCUCAACGCUGGAGCUGCCCUUGUACUCAACCAAGGAGAUCCUGAGAACCAAGCUGACUGAGGCCCUGAGCAGGAACAGGAAACUCAGGUGCAUCGGGACUGGACUGUGAACUAAAGACUAACUUUAUAAUGGAGCACUUUAUAAAUGACCUUUACAAAACACAUGUGUAGACGUUCAGAAGAAGAACACAAGAUGCUCAAAGUGAAGUUGGUUCAAUUAUAGGAACUACUUUCUCUCUCAGUGGCAUCAAAAGUCACAGGAGCAGCUGUGGUUGAUUUCUCUGCUCUGAUUGGUGGACGCCACCUGGCCACACACACCCCGAACAGACACACACACACACACACACACACACACACACACACGCGCACGCACACACACACACACACACACACAGGACAGACACACAUGCAUUAUGAGGGGUAUUUUAUGCCAGCACACUAUACUUAAACGCCUAGAAUGCGUCGCCUGUGCCAGCAUAAAGUCUGAUUAAUAGGCGUGCUUACAGACACGCGUAUUGCGAGUACACCAGAUGACAUGGGUGACGGGUGAAAAGUGCCACGAGCGAACGUAGUGGACGCCUGUGUGUGUGUGUGUAACGCGUGUACGUUAACAGUGUGUUACUCUGUGUAACAGUUCAGCUGUUACACAGAGUCUCAGCUUCAUAUGGUAUUGUUUAUAAGAAAGCACAACUUACAGAUGAACUCCAAGCCCCCACAGAGCUGUCAGGAUAUUUCUAUUAUUUUCAGGCCAGUUUUUAUUUUCUUGUUAACGAAAUCUCUCUCUCUCUCUCUCUCUCUCUCUCUCUCUCUCUCUCUCUCUCUCUCUCUCUCUCUCUCUCUCUCUCUCUCUCUCUCUCUCUCUCUCUCUCUCUCUCUCUCUCUCUCUCUCUCUAGGUUUGAAUGAUAUCGAAUUGAUAUUUAAUGAUAGCAAGGGUGAAAGGGAUAAUUAAAAUAAUUUCAGCUACUUAAAAAUAGUAGGCUAAUAGUAAAGUGCAACGCUCACAGCCAGUUCCCAGCUUCGCGCGCGGACACACAGUUCAUUACGCACCAGCUGUAAUUAGGUAGGUUUACCUGCCUGCAGAAGCCGUAAUCGCUGUCACCCCUGAAUAUUAAGUAGCCAUGCGGACCUAUCUAAUGAAUAUUCAGUAGCCAUGUGGACAGCAGUCCGUUCACAAUAUGAUUCCAUCGGACCUUAUAUCUACACUGUUUAACCCAAUUCGGCACUUAUGCACAGUCCCAUUAUGUUUUACAGACAUUCGUAGUUAACUAAUGAGGUAAAACAUUUUGUUUAAGCUGCAUUUUGCUGACUUUCACUCCUAAAACAGGCUAAUUAAGCCUCCGGUUUUGGCCGGAAAAACAUUAAGUUUAUCUGGUACAUACGAGAUAGUCUUUCUCUUCAUCUAUAAGUUGUGCUUUCUUAUAAACAAUACCAUAUGAAGCUGAGACUCUGUGUAACAGCUGAACUGUUAUAGGCUUACACGCGUUACACACACACACAGGCGUCCACUACGUUCGCUCGUGGCACUUUUCACCCGUCACCCAUGUUAUCUGGUGUACUCGCAAUACGCGUGUCUGUACGCCUAUGUAGAAUUGUACUUAACAGUCACGCGGGUCUUCAUGUCACGUAUUGGAGGCGUAGUUCACCCGUCACGCAGCCGUCACGUAGGCGUAUGUGCAACAACGCGUGUACAGCGUCUGCGUGACGCCUACGUGACGCCUGUCUGUCCAUUGAAAGUGAAUGGAAUUUACACGCGCACGUUAGACGUUUGAUGUCAUCGCAUAGGCGCUGUACACGCGUUUUAGUAUAGUGUG